CGCCCCAGCCCCGGUAAAUAAAGUACGUCAGAAGCAGAUGUGGAGGAGUUGCAAGGUGUUAGGGUUGCGGUUGUCCCUGUCAUCCUGAGAAACGCGUGGAAACCCGGUGCUCGGAGGCACCCUGGAGCGAACGGCUCCCCGGGCGGGACUGCCCGGGAUGGAGGAGAGGGAGCAGCUCUUCGGCGUGUCCCAUCAGCAAAUGGUUAUGAGCCUUAGAGUUUCUGAACUGCAAGUGCUCCUGGGCUACGCGGGGAGGAACAAGCACGGCCGAAAACACGAACUUCUGACCAAAGCACUGCAUUUGUUAAAGGCUGGCUGCAGCCCUGCUGUGCAAAUGAAAAUCAAAGAACUCUACAGGCGAAGGUUCCCUCAGAAAAUCAUGACACCUGCAGACUUAUCCAUCUCCAGUGUACACUCGAGCUCCAUGCCAGCAGCUUUGUCUCCGUCUACCAUUCCACAGCUCAGUUAUGAUGGCCACCCUGCCACCUCCCCGUUGCUUCCCGUUUCGCUUCUGGGACCUAAACAUGAACUGGAACUCCCCCAUCUCACGUCUGCACUCCACCCUGUCCAUCCUGACAUAAAACUUCAGAAAUUACCUUUUUACGACUUGUUGGAUGAGCUGAUAAAACCUACCAGCCUAGCCUCAGAUAACAGUCAGCGAUUUCGAGAAACCUGCUUUGCAUUUGCACUGACACCACAGCAAGUGCAACAGAUCAGCAGUUCAAUGGAUAUUUCUGGGACCAAAUGUGACUUCACAGUACAGGUCCAGCUAAGGUUUUGUUUAUCAGAAACCAGUUGUCCACAAGAAGAUCACUUCCCACCCAAUCUGUGUGUGAAAGUAAACGGGAAACCCUGCAGCCUUCCAGGCUAUCUUCCACCAACCAAAAAUGGUGUUGAACCAAAGCGACCGAGCCGACCAAUCAACAUUACCUCACUCGUCAGGUUGUCUACGACGGUACCAAACACAAUCGUUGUCUCAUGGACUGCAGAAAUUGGAAGAAACUAUUCCAUGGCAGUCUAUCUGGUAAAGCAGCUGUCCUCCACGGUGCUACUGCAGAGGCUGCGAGCGAAAGGAAUACGGAACCCUGAUCAUUCUAGAGCACUAAUUAAAGAGAAGCUAACUGCCGACCCAGACAGUGAAAUUGCAACAACAAGCUUAAGAGUUUCUCUUCUUUGUCCACUGGGCAAAAUGCGACUAACUAUACCAUGCAGGGCCCUGACCUGCUCACACCUGCAGUGUUUUGAUGCCACUCUGUAUAUUCAAAUGAAUGAGAAGAAACCAACUUGGGUCUGCCCUGUCUGUGACAAGAAGGCUCCCUAUGAACAUCUCAUUAUUGAUGGGUUGUUCAUGGAAAUCCUGAAGUAUUGUACAGACUGUGAUGAAAUUCAGUUUAAAGAGGAUGGCUCGUGGGCUCCCAUGAGGUCAAAGAAGGAAGUGCAGGAAGUAACUGCAUCUUACAAUGGAGUCGAUGGAUGCAUAAGCUCUUCCUUGGAACAUCAGGUGUCUUCUCACCAACAGUCAAAUAAGAACAAGAAAGUAGAAGUGAUUGAUCUAACCAUUGACAGCUCAUCAGAUGAAGAGGAGGAGGAACCAUCUGCAAAGAGAAGCUGUCCUUCCAUAUCUCCAGCGUCGCCGUUAAAUAACAAGGGCAUUUUAAGUUUACCCCAUCAAGCAUCUCCUGUGUCAAGAACACCAAGCCUUCCUGCUGUUGACACCAGCUACAUCAAUACAUCACUUAUCCAAGACUACAGGCACUCAUUCCAUAUGACACCUAUGCCUUACGACUUGCAAGGUUUAGACUUCUUCCCUUUCCUGUCAGGAGACAAUCAGCAUUACAACACCUCCCUUCUUGCCGCUGCAGCCGCGGCAGUUUCCGCAUCCGAUGAUCAAGAACUUUUACACUCUCGUUUUUUCCCAUACACUUCAUCUCAGAUGUUUCUCGAUCAGCUAAAUGCAGGAGGAAGCAGUUCUCUGCCAGCCACAAAUGGUAGCAGUAGUGGCAGUAACAGCAGUCUUGUUUCCUCCAACAGCCUGCGAGAGAGUCAUGGUCAUCCAGUUGCAAGUAGGAGCAGCACAGACACGGCGUCUAUCUUUGGUAUCAUACCAGACAUUAUUUCAUUGGACUGAUUCUUUUCAAGUAAAUGAACUGGUCAGAGGAAAUCUUCGUGCGUGGUUUUACUUCUUUAUGUUAGAAACAUAGACAAGGUGUUUUGGUUUGUUUUUUGUUUGUUUUGGUUUUGUUUCGUUUUGGUUUUUUUUUCCUUUUUUAGGGGGGAAAAAAAAAAUUAUGUGUACAGAGAACAAAAGUAUAUUUUCAGUUUUACUUUUGUAUAUAAACCUAAGAUGGCCUCGCUGGUAAAAAUAAGAAAAAAAAAACAACCACACAACAACAAAAAAAACACACACAAAAAAAAAGAAAACAAAAAAAGAAAACAAAAAAAAGGAGCUUCAGUUCAUUUUUAUGGAUGCUGAAGAUUUUACACCCGUGCAUUUGUCAUGCAAAGUUACUUUUUUCUCCCCAUAGUUUGGACACAAAUGGCAUUAUUUUGUUCGCAGGAAAAUAAACAGGAAAGGAGCUGAACUUUCAAAGUUCAAACUUGAAAGGCUUUUUUCUCCUCUUGGAGACAUUUACCUUUGGUGGAAUCGAAUUCCUUCAUAUCCCAUACUUAGUGCAGAUUUUAUUAUGCUUAAAGCAGAGUAAACCAGACCCAGCCUCUUCCACAGCAUCCCCUCUGGUUGCAGGACGUAGCCUUUCAGGAGUGGGUUUGGUUUUGGGGUUUUUUUUUGUUGCCAUUUCUGUUUCUAUGUGACUCUAUUCAGACAAUUUUUUUUAAAUUCCAUGCUUUAAUCAAGCAUGUUGCAAGCUCAUUAGUGCACCAAUUAUUCUUGAGGGCCAGACUCAAAAAAAUCUCAGGCUGAGGACUUGGCUGUGCUUUUAGGAGACAAGACAGGGAAUUUGUAUAGAAUCUAGCCCCAAAUAAAGGCAUUGGCACAUUGGACUGUAGGUUUUUGUUUGGAAGAACUUACUAUGAAAUCCUUGAAAAAUAAUCUAAGAUCCUAAUCAGCAAAAUAUUAAAGCAUGUGUCAGUUUUAAAUGCGUGGAACUGCUUGUGCUUUCAGGUUAGCCAUGCCUGUAUAAAGGGCCUCUUGAAUCCAGGCCUGUCUUGUUCUGUCUGGAGAAACCUCCUUUUAGCUGCAGUAGAUCCAAUUUCUGCUUCAAAGUGAACUUGCCAAGAAAAGGCAGAAAAUACAACCACCACCACACUGUUGCAUGGCUUGUGCAGCUGACACUGCUCUUGGCACCUGCCAUCUGAGUUGAUGUUCAUCACAAUUAACAGUGAAUGUUCCAUGUGAGUCUCUCAAACCAAAACCCAGCCCAGUAGCAAAGCCCCCCCUGAAGCCCCUGCACUGCUGAGGACUCUUAGGGGAGUGGGUUUCUCUUUUCUCUUUUUGGCCUUGUAAUUAUUUUCAUUUCCCUGAUUUUCAGUGUGCUUCUGUUGAAUUUUGAGAACUUUGAGCCAUACUUAACUUCCUGGUUUCUUGGUUUUUUUUUUUAAUGGAAGUCAUGCAUGACAUAGGAAAAUAUUUUUAUUUUUUUUAGAACUGAUAGGUCAUUUGGGCUGAUCUGUUCUUAUUCAAGGGUGAAAUGUGUAAAUAGCUGGAAUGUAGUUUUUCAGGAGAUUCUUUAAAGUAAGAGAAGGGGGAGGGAAGGAAGCGAUUCUCUUGUGUCCCAAAGUCCACAUCAGAGAGAGUAAAUAUUCACUCUGGUGUGAAAAAUAUUUUUAUAACUGGUUGAAAGUGCAGGUAGCAAAUUUAUCAGGAAAGAGAGUUAAGGAAUACUAAAAAUUAGCAGAUUCUUGUCUGAGUUUUUAAAGUCCAAAACUGCUGAUUGCAGCUAGUUGCUUUGAGCAUUGACAAGGGCCACGUUUUGCCUAUGAAGUUGUCUCAAAAUCUUGCAUUGAUUAAAAAAGGAAAAAAAAAGGAAAAAAAAAAAAGGAAAAAAAAAAGGAAAAAAAAAGAAAUCUUUAAUCCAAGUAGCAUUAGGUAUUGCUGUAUCAUCAGUUGUAUGGUUAUUUGAAAGGUUCACAUUAUGUGGCAUCAAAAUUGUUUUUAGUGUUUUUACAGCAUCCCUCUGCCACUAAAUAGUUGACUUGAAUUUUGAAAACAAAUGUUUGUGUUUAUAUGUAUAUGUGUGUGUAUAUAUGUAUUUAUAGAUCUGUGUGUGUGAGUUAAAAGUGAGUUAAAUAGUUUUUCCCAUGCAUGUGUAUUUCAUACAUAUCUGGCUGAUAUAUAUAUUUCACCAUACACCAAUUUUAUAAUUUAUUAAAUGUCAGUUAAAAAAAAUAAUAAAAGAAUAGAAAAUGGGAAAUACUUAUUUUUUAAGCUCAGUCUGAUUUUGAAGUGAUUAAACCUACAUUAGGAAUAUAUCUCAUACAUUUUAGUCAUGAAUACUAACCUGGUAACUUCAGAGCAUAUGCUUUGCUAUGAUACCAUUUGUAAACCUGGGGUACAACUGCUGGUGGUGUCCCCAGCUUCUGGAGCACCUGAGAGGAACUGGGGAGAGCUUGGGGCUGUUUUUCCCCAGGGUUGUGGCAACGUUUCCAUUGACUCUGUUGUUAAGAUGAGCUGAAGAGCAGCUUCUGUCACUUGUGACAAUGGAAUUAAAAUCUUGUGAAUUCACAUAGAAAAUUCAAGGUGGUGAGUGUGUGGUACCACAGGGUCUGGCAUCGUUAGGCCUGUCUUAGCUUUUGGAAAGUGAGGCCAGCUGAUGAUGUCUUCCAUUUCCUCCCCUGAAGGGAAGGAAGGCUGUUGAGUUCCCCUCCUCGUUUUGUAACCUCAUUGCUCUACAAAGAAGGGACAGAGAUGUUCUGAAGUCCUCCUUUGUGGUGUAACCCCAAUAUGCUUUGUGAAUGUUCCUGUUUAAUGCUCGGGUGUUCUUCUAGCUGAUGAUUCUCUGUGCCUCUGACCACAGUUAACGUUGCUUGGUAGAAGUCUCAGUUUGAGUUCUCCACGAGUUCCCUGCAAAUGUCACUCCCAGACUCCAACCUCUGUUAGUUCACGUGUUAUCCGGGAAGCAGUGGAGCGACCCAGGGUGGCCUGGCUGGUCCUGCUCCCUGCCCCGUGGAUUGAUUGCAGUUCCUCUCAUCCUUAAACUAGUGGUCUCUUGUCCUGAAAUUGCUCCAGCAUUGGACUGGGGCGUGCACACGUGUGACAAACAUCCUGCAGGGACAGGAGCUCGGGGCUGCUUGCCACCCGGUGCACGUGGCUUUGAGUUGCUCCCGAGGGCAUCACUGAUGCAGCCUUUAGAAGAUGAAAAAUGUCACCUGUGCCAUGCGUUAAAAAUUUGGUAGCACUUCCGUGAGGAUAGAUGUGACAGCAGUUCCAGGCCUGCCCCUUCCUCUCCGUGGCAAGGAUUCCAUAAAGCCUUUCAAGGAUGGGAUGACUGAUAGAUUUUCAUUGGACUCUCUUGGACCUGCCUCCCAACACAGAGCUAUGGACUGUGAGGAGAACGUUUUGAAAAUGAAUUCUUUGUUGCAGUUUUAACAUUUCAGGGUUUUAAGCACAUUUUAAAUAGAAAGAAUUGUGUUUUGUCACUGUAACUGGGUUCUUUUCCUUUUUUUUUUUUUUUUUAAUUUUUAACAGAGCUUAGAUUUCUAACAAGGGAAAAUUGCUGGUGGUCCCCGAAAGUGCUGCUGUUAAUUGUUUUAAUUAACAAAGGGAAAACAAAUGUAUAUACGCAGAAUAUUAAAAUUACCAUUAAUUCCAUGAAUUUAAAUCUGUCAUUCAUUGCCUUAAAACUUCCUCCUGGUUUCCACACGGCAUGCCAAACCAGUCAAUGGCUUUUAAAAAUGUAUAGUAGACCCAUGUCAGUUUGUAUAAAAGUACCAAGUGAAAAUAUUUAUUAUAUGCAUUGGAAAAAAAAAAACCACAAAAAGAAAUGGUUUACCUAUUGAAUGUUACCUGUUUAUGUAGAAAUCUUUAGAUGUAAUAAAAAGCAUUCAGUUA